GUCGCGUUUUCCACACGGUUAAACUUGCAUAACCUUAGACAUCAGUGAGCAAACUUUCGCGCUCUGCGAAGAUAGCGCACGGCGCACAGGGACAGACCAUGCACUGUCAAGCCGAGUUGAGGCUCUCCUCCCCCGGGCAGCUGAAGGCUGCCAGGCGGCGCUACAAGACUUUCAUGAUUGACGAGAUCCUCUCCAAGGAGACCUGUGAUUAUUUUGAGAAACUUUCUCUCUACUCGGUGUGCCCUUCGCUCAUUGUACGACCGAAGCCUCUUCAUUCGUGUUCGGGCUCCUCGUCACUGCGUGCCUACCCUUUCCUCUCGGUGAUCACGCGGCAGCCCCCCCACCUGCCCCAGCCGUCCUCUCCAGGCGGGGUCCCCUCACACCUGCCCUUGCUCUCCUCGCAGCAUCAGCGAGGCUCCGAGCCUUCGCCCAGCCAGACGCCUCUCAGCAUCAGCAGCGAGUCGGAAACGGAACGCAGCACGCCCCGCCUGAAGAAGCCACGUCGCAGCCGCACCAUCUUCACCGAGCUGCAGCUGAUGGGCCUGGAGAAAAAGUUCCAGAAGCAGAAGUACCUGUCCACACCUGAUAGGUUAGACCUGGCCCAGUCACUUGGUCUCACGCAGCUCCAGGUGAAGACAUGGUACCAAAACAGGCGUAUGAAGUGGAAGAAAAUGGUGCUCAAAGGAGGUCAUGAGGCCCCGACUAAGCCCAAGGGAAGACCCAAGAAGAACUCCAUUCCUACCACAGAGGAAAUAGAGGCUGAAGAGAGAAGAGUGAAGAUGGAGGCAGAGGAGAGGAUGGGGAGGGUGGUCGAGAAAGCAACGCUGGCUCAUGGAGGAGAGUCAUCUCAGCUUGAACCUCAAGAUCUCAGUUCAGAAACUCACAGUCCAGACGCAGCGUUGGAGGCAUCUGAGCGAGAGCUGCCGCACCUGAUGCAGUCAGAGACUCACGCAGCCAGCUAAGCAAGAACAAAGCAACCAAAGACUAAUGCCAGCCUGAAAACAAAUAGUGCCUCAGGAUCACUGUAAAAAGCCUGUGUGGUGUUUAGAGCCAUUUGCUUUAGGAAUUUGACUGGAAACAUAUUGGUGGCAUCCAGACCUAAUGUAGCCUUUUAUUUUGUAUUGGAAAAUGUACCGUACAAAGAGCUAAAAUGCAUUGACACUGAUUGCACUGGUAAAAAAAAAAUUGGGCCUUUUAAAAAACAGUAUUUGAGCAGGUCCCUGGUAUAAAGAGUGUAAAUUUGUCAAAACCAAGCAGGCCAGUCAAAGCAAAACAUGUAUCAUGCAUUACAACAACGAAAGAUCACACACACCACCGAUCCUCAAAGCUGCCUCACAUAGUGCAUGUGCCAAAAUAUCAAGUUUUGCCUUACUAUAGUGUCUCUAUGUAUGUAUGUAUGAUAAAUCACUUCACUGCCAAAAACAAUUAUAUUAAAUGGCUACAGUGCCUUGUCGGUCUCAGAGGAAAGCUUUUGAAGUGUUGAUAACUAGAAACUAUUAAAUGCAAGUAUAUUUUUCACAGUGGUUUUUGAUUACAAGUGCCGUUUUUGGAGACAAAGUGUUAACGUUUAGAAAAGAACACUUCUAUGUUAAGAUUGGAGUUCUUCCAUAAAGCUUUAAGACGCAAAUCUUUUCAUUAUUUGCUCAGUGAAGCUUGCAUUUUUAUUUUUUCAAUCUGAAAAUCAAUAUUUCUGCCAA